AUGAACAUUCUCAAGCAAUCAGUGCUUGAGUACGUUUCUUUCAUGGAUAUGAACAUCAAGAAAGCCAGUACUUCCAACCAAAUAGAAACGUUUGAUCUUCUAGGUGCCAAAAUGGCUCAAGCACUUGAGCUUCCUUCGCUUAAAAUUUCAUCCGACUUUAGGCUGAUGUUAAAGAUUAUCCACUCUGAGAUAAGCUCUUUGCCAGCCAAGAAUGUUGAGUUAAAGGCCAAGAAGAUUCAGUAUCUCAAUGUUGUAAUCGAAAAGGAGUCUCUGCUUCAAGAGCUUGAGAAGACCAAAAGCAAUUUACGUGAACUCUCUUCUGAAGUUAAGGAGGUUGAGCGAGGCAAGUCUUUGUUGGAGCGGUACUCUAAGCUGGACGUCGAUGAGGGACUUAUGACCGAACUGUCUACCUCUUCCGAUGAGCAGCGUAACGAGUGGGAGAAGCUUAGAGAACAAAUGCGUUCUCUUUGGGGCAGGCUGUAA